AUGCUAAGGCAGCAGGUUCGGCAUGGCUUCUUUGGGAAGGAAGCCAGCAAUUAUGCCUCUUUGAUUGACACGAGAACUCAUUACAUCAAGACUGGAGGCCACCCAAGUCCAAGAUCGAAUGAACCAUUCUUUGGAAGGAAUUACUUCAGCUGCGCAAACGAGUUCUUACGUUCACAAAGACGUAGUACGGUUGAUUGGCGGCUACCUGUAAAUCGGAACUCGAUCGCGCGGACAUGGGAGAGAUGUGAUUAUUCUGGACUUUAGCCCGCAAAACUACCGCCAGCCUGUUUACCUUUUGAAAUUGUCCUAAUUUCGUGUACACCGGAUGUUGAUGAUAAAAAUAUGAUAAUCGUUCAAUAAAGCUAUGGUAUCAUGAGUUACCAUUGAAGGAUUUUGAAUAUACCUUGUUGGUUCCAAUGAAUGAGUUGCCAGUAAUUGGAUCCUUGUGUUUACGCACAGAUUUCUGGGAUCGCCACGGGGCCAACAUUGCAACUCACUAGAAGGAAAUCAGGGUUUUCAUUUGAGGCCGGAGGCCGGACGUUUCGUCCGGUCGUUUGCUAUUCCACGUCCGGUACUUUGAGAUCAAUAUUGGCGAUUUUUUUUUACUACUGUAAAUGGCGUUUCUGAGUAUUCUAUUUUAAAAAUUUCCAGACCCCCCUAGGUGCUUGCGCCUUCGGCGCUCGCGAGACGCCUUACGGCGCCAAGAAAACAUUCACGUCCGGUGCUUUCAGAAGUAUGUCCGCUACUUUACAAAACAGUUGAAAACCCUGAGGAAAUGUAUGACGACAGGUUGUUCCGACGUUCAGAUAAACGAUUUUAGCGAGAGAUUUUCGCUUUUUCGCCGCUCUUUUAUCAGAAAUUGAUUUGGGUAAUGCUGAUACAAAGGAAGGCGUAAGUUUUUGUUUGAAAAACCAUGUAAUAUGUAGUAAAAUCUACCGAUUAACUUGUCUCCAUGCGUAAGGUUUAUUGUGAAUUUGACAUCGCGUAAUAGUCUCGAAAUUUUAAAAACAUAACUAUAAAUCGCCUAGGAAUAACUCAACUAAGCCGUUCCAGCUUUUUUUACUUGUGUUAAGUCUCAGUACUAAUACAAAAGAGCGCUAGAAUAGUUGCUUGAGAAUUAAAUAUUAUUGCGGUACAUUAAAGUGAUGAAUCACCUACACUGCUUCUUUGUUGUGAUGAAUGUGAACGAAUCAGUGUUGAUAAUUGGCUCAAAGCUGAACCCUUUCUUCUGUGACGAUGACUGAUAUAAAUCGGUUUCUUUAGGAGUGAUGCACAACCGGUGAUAUGUCCACAGUUUCUGCCGGAGUUCCCGUGAUCUUGCUUUUCUUGACAAGAUCCUUCAAGGAGUUCGAGAAGAAAAGUUGCAGCUCAAAGACCUUUGGAUUUUUCUCAAACAAACUAUCACUUAAGCGAGGGAUUUCCUCAUGUUUUUCAUCGCUCAUUUCAUGCUCUCAGAGAGCAACAGCUCGGUAAAAAUAUUUUCCAUCUCUGUGGACAACGACUUCUCUCCUUAACAGAGGUAUAUUUUCAAACGUCGUAAUUUGUUCAUUAAAUACAUUAACAAGCAUAAAACAGGCAGUUCAUAUAUAAAUACAACUGAAAAGACUUAAACGAGUUAUUUCCUAGCGAUUCCUUGCUAGUUUUGUAACCAUUGCGCGAUGACGAUAGCCUUACGCAAGGAGAGAAGUUUUCGGUCUUUUUUAUAACAUAUUUCGUGGUAAUUCCAACAAAAACUUACACUACCCUCGUAUUAACAUACCUUUAUCCAUGUAUGAAUAACCUGCUGCGAAAAAGCCACAACCUCUCGUCAUAUGUUCCUUUUUAGCAAGUUAAAAUGUUUGCCCCGUGGCGAUCCCAGAUCCGAUUACUGGCAAAUCAUUCAUUAAUACCAGUAUCUCAGCAACUGCUCACCUACCCCUCCCCUAGUCCAUCAACAGUCAAAUUUUAACAAGUUAAGGGUAAUACAAAUCAAAUCAUGAUCAGUAUUUGUCUUUUCCAUUGUUUUAACUCAUUGAAAAACGUCUCUAGGGUGAGGAAGCUCGAGAAACGAUAGAAUUUUCAAACGAGUACCUCGACUCUCGUGUCUCUCUACCCCUACCCCCUACCACUGGGAGAACAUGUUGAGCCGCAAGUUAUUAUGGUCAUCGGUUUAGCUUGUGGUUACUAUCGUCAACAAAUAUGGCGGAUCGUUUAGCUCGAACAGUUUCCGAACUUUCUACUCUGUCUUCUUACUGAGUUUAAAAGAGGUAGGAGAUCAAAGGAGUUUAUUGUUUCCUCCCACCUUCCUCAUAUCAAUCCAAUUUUUGAUUGAUGUAAAAAUUUCACCCAUACGUAAGUAAUAAUUAUGAAUGAAGAGCGGCCAUAUUUUUAAUUUUCAGCAUGAAAACUGAUCAGGCGUCCGUGACAAAACUACUGCAACAGUGGGAUCACGGAUCAAAGAGUGUUCGAUCAAAGAUUCUUCAUGAUUUUAUCGUAGCAAACCAGGGAAAAACUGGUCCAGAACUAGAACUUGAGUUUGCUCAUGCAGCCAGCUUGUUUCUGACCAGAUUGACUGCCUGGUUACGACUGACGUAUCCUUUUAAGCUGUUAAUGCUUCGAACCCACUUCUCACCUGGAAUUUAAUCGAAAAAGAAGCUGACAAGAGAACUUUCUUUUCACCUGAUCCCCAGCUCCCAGUCCCUCACGCACUCACAAGUGCAAAUACCGAGGUUUUGACCUUAAGCUUUCCGAAUAAACCAAAUGCAUUUAUUCAUUAAUUUUCCUCUUAAGCUCUUGUUCCAAUGUGAAUCGACCACGAAGAAAGCGCUCUUCAUCCUAGCUGAGGUAGGCUCUUGGGAUGAGUUAGUAUUUAAAAAAUCGUUGCAAUUCUAGGGAUGGAUCUUAUUUAUUACGGUUUAUCUGCUUUUUUCUCUUUUUUUUUUUCCUGGUGAUUUACUGCCCAAUUCUGAGAUGUUGAUUGGUUACAUCCUGUUUAAAAGUGACCAGAACUCUCUGAUUAGCAGAUGCCAAGUCCAUAGCUUGAGCUGGUAAUUUUUCUGGAAUCCGUGCAUAACUUAAAUUAUUAAUAAUAAUAAUUAAUAAUAUUUAAUAUAAUUAUUUUCUCACUCGGGCUCCUUAACUUGUAUUCUUGCACAAUGAAGAUAUAUGCUUGGAACAUGCGUUCAAUUGCAGCUUCAAGCGAUCACCAUCUUUGUUGGUUCUUCAAGUGGGUGAGUCAUUCCACAGAGUUAAUGUAUGUGGUUGGAUUUAAUCCUUGAUUGUCCUUUCCUUGCAUUUCUUGCGAGGAAUUACUUCCAUUGGUGUAACAAAUCAUUGUUAACCCUUUACACCCGAACAUCAGUAUCCAUAUUCUCCUUACUCUUCUCCAUAUGUUACUUUUUGUUAUUGACAAAGAGAAUUCAUUUGAAGAUCAAAGCUUCUUAGGUUGGUGAUCAUUUCCUUUAUUCUCAUGAUCUUAGUGAAUAAUUCAACAGAAUUGCUGUAAGGAGAAAUAAGAUGCUGGUCACUCUUAGGGUUUAAAGGAUUAAAUGCUUGUAGGGGCAUAGCCAGCCAGUAAGCUUGGGCCUUUUUUUUUUUUCUUUUUCACUGGCUUGACUAAUUUCAAUAUGAUUCUUGCAAAAGUUGAAACAAAAAAUGAACUUUCUCAGGGAACAGUCCCACAAGAAGUCAAAAAGCUUGCUACACCCCAGACUGAUGUCACAAAUGGGAAUGUAGUACUGUUUGUACUUAACACCAAAAAAGUGAAAACAGUAUUCAGCUGUUUUCAAAAGUUUUAUUCCACAAGUGUCAGUAUUUGUUAGUUACUGAAAAAUUCAUGUAUUCAUCCCCUUUUUUUACUUAUUGGAGAACUCUUACUAUCAGAGGGCCCUUCUGUUUUCCUCUCCCAGGCAUAAAUUUUUGGCAGAAUUCUUGGAAGUUGGUGGUGUGCUGACUGUUCUUGAAAUUCUUGGUCUUAAGCAGGCAAAAGAGGUUAGUAUAUUUUAUUACUUGUAGACAGGUAGCUUACAUAGUUUGAGAGACAUGGUUGCCCAAUUUUUGGAAUGUGGAAUUCUAGAUUGAAGGACCCAGCUUGGUGCAUUCUUGCUCAGUAAGCCACUUUACCAUCCUUUGUAAGAGGAGUGGUUACACUUUUGUUUGCUUUGUGCUAUGUUUAUGAACUGGAAUAAGCUCUACCAGCCCUGUGAACACAAUGUGUACAUGCAUGUUGACUUUACUCUUAAGCUUACCUUUUGCUUUGAUUUGGUCAGGAAGAUAAAGCACAAGCACUAAAGCUGCUGAUGUGUGUGGCAAACUCAGGUAGAAGAUACAAAGAGCUUAUUUGUGAAAGCUUUGGAAUCAGGGCUGUUGCAGAAUGCCUUGCAAAAUCGAACUCCGAAGAGACUCAGGAUUGUGCCCGAAACUUAUUGCAGCAACUUUCCAAUGUAGGUUCACAUCAGUGCACAUGCACUGUCGAUAAAUAAAUAUUUGCCCCCAAUGUUUGAACAUGAUUGCAUACAUGUACUUUGAUUUCAGGUCAGAUCCUAAAAAGGGUGAAAUUUAACUAGUGAGAGGCUUAUUGUGGGAAGAAAUUUGUUUCUUACCUGGGAUUUCCAAUAAUGGUGCAAAGAUGGCAAACUUUGCCUGCUACAUUUACUUAGCAGGGUUUUGUACUGGCUAGCCUUCGAAAAAAAAAAAAAAAUUCAAGAUUGAGCUAAGGGUAGCUUAUAUUGUGUACAAGAUAAAACUUGAUGGUCAAUGCUGGCUGUCUACUUUUUGGUAACAUCACCAUACUUCCAAGUGUAUAAACAAUUUUCUUCAAGGGUGUGUUGAUUAUUAGAAUGUUUAUUAUCAAGACAAUGAUUUUAAAGAACAUGAUAAGUGCAGACGAGGAUAAUGAUGAUAAUUAAUAAUGAUGGCAAUGAUAAUGGCUAAUGACAACAACACCAUUGCAUGGUGAUGAUCAUAAUGAUGACCAUUUGGAUGAAUCGUUAAUGACAAUAAUGGUAAUAUCAUUUUUUUAGGGAAAUCCAAAAUAUGAAGGACAAGUCUACAAGGCGCUGAUUGCCCUGCUGAAGUGUGUGUCUCCAAAGGCUCAACAGAUGGCCGCACAGACUCUUAGAAUAGUGCAGGUUUGUAUCAUCAUCAAACAAACACCCUUACAAUUUUCAAAGCAACUUCACUCUGUUUGCCUGGCAAGCAGUUACACUCCUGUAGACAUGUUGUGACCCUGUGAUCAGUUUUUGAUUUUUAGUUAAAUUUUUUUUUUGCCUCAGCCAAUUGUGGGAGCAGCCAACCCCACCAUAGUGGAACCAGUAUUGAUGCUGCUGAGAUCUCUUCACCUGGAGGUUCAGUAUGAAGCCUGCGAGCUGAUUAAAGAGCUCAUGGAGUAUGACGUGCAGCACUCUCUGCUCAAUGGUCUGGUUGGACUGCUGAAACCAACCAAAGAAGAAAUUAGGGACAGCUCUGAAGCUACAUUAUCAGGUUUGUAAGAAAUUAUAUCACUAUCUUACCCAUAGUAGCUCACAAUUUGUAUGAGAAAUGUUUUCAGUCACACAGUCUAAACAAUUAUAAUGUUUGUAAUUGACUGUAUAUGUAGAUACAUGAUCAUAUGACAGUGAUGUUUGUUGCCCACAGAUCCUGACGCACCUCAGCUCCAGGCCCCUCUCCCUGUGUUUGUCCAGCAGGCAGCAGCUGCUAAGAUGAUUGGGUAAGACUAUUUAAAGGAUAGUUUUUUUUUUGUUUUUUUGUUUUUUGUUUUGCUUUAUCUCAGGAUUUCAUGUCAUGCCAUGUCAUGUUUUCUUAAGAAAUUCUGUACUACUAUGUUGUUAAUUGGUCUGCAUAAUGAUUUGUGAUUACAAGAAGGAUUGCAUAAAGCUGUUAAAUAAGACAACUACUGGGCUAAAAUAGAGCAUACUGACUUUUUACCUUAUAUGACAUUUGUAUGACUACCAGUGACACUUAAAGAGCCAUUUUUAGAGCUGCAGUGUGUUGGUGUAUGUCGACCUCUUAACUUGAACGACAGAGACAUUUAACCUGACAAUGAUGUGACUUAAGCGUUAAAUAGUGUGACAUGAGUAUUUUACGCACUGCGUGAAACUAGCAUGCUCGCUUAAGCCCAACGCAGCUACGCGACUCGCGCAGUUUUGGCAAAGGCCGUGACUGCACCGUGAUAACAAUGUGGCCCUUGUAAAUCUUCAUAUUAAAUGUGCAUAUUUGAGCAGGUAUGCAUCCUCCAACUGUAAGGUUAAUCACGCAAAGUUUUUUUGCUUCAUGUCUAGAAUCCUCGCUAAAGAAUCGCCCAAAACAGCGGAAAGUCUUGUCCAAGUAAGUGCAACAGAUAUAUGAAAAAAAAUUAGUUUCCUUGCGCGUUUUGUUGGUAUUUUAUUUGUCUCAUCUGUAAGGAAACUUGUCAUCUUUGAAUUUUCUUGCAGCUGCGAACUGUUCACGGACUUCUUUUUGCCAUGGGAAACACUCUGCAUGCCGACAGUCAACGACAAGCUGGGAUCGCUCUUGAGGUAUAGGAGAACCAUUAGUGUAGUGGAGGCGAGAAUUACCAUACAAUGCAAUCGUUUAGUUUUCGUCACUCCGACAAUUGUGCCGUCACCAGUCGUCUGUACAUAUAGUUCAGAGCCACCUCAACUUUUGCUAAAUUUAAGGUGGCUCUCGUAAUAUUAAUCCAUCAAAGUCUUAAAAAUCAACGAAACCAUUUUGAACCACUUGUAGUAGAAUUGUAGUAGUAUUUAAUCAACCCUGAGCCAAGUUAAAAGUUUUGAAACCGGCUAGUAUCUAUUUUGAAAUCACGAGAAAGCUUAAGUUUGGCUCGAACAGUCAUAUUUUUGUUACUGUUAUUAAUCAUGAUAAAAUGGCCUUUUUUUUUUACCCUCCGCAGUUUUUUGUGCGAUCUUAUCCUCUUGUUAACGACCGUGUUCGCGAGGCACUUGGUGAUACGUUUUAUGAAGAAUUCAUGGUAAGAAUUCAAAUUGAUUGGUCGAAUUUGAUGAAAGGUUUCUACUCAGACACUUUAAAAGGGCGCGUUUACGCUAUGAUAAGAGCUAUGGAAACCAUAAUGCAUUAUAUGAUUAGCUGAAAUGUACAAACAUUUUGAUUGGUUCCUAUGAUCGAUUCGAGGACAGACCCAUAGAUGACGUCACCAUUAACCCUAUAACUCCCAAGAUCUUAUUAGUAAUUCUCCUUACUAUCUGUCAAACAAUUCUCAUUAUGUUAGUUUGGAGAAUUUGGUAUCGGGUCAAUUAGUAAUCCCAUAAUUUGUUUUUCUUUAUUCUCAUCACUUGUUUACAUGAUAUUGUAUAGAUAUAGUAAGGAGAAAUUCUGUGUUGGUCACUCAGGGGAGUUAAAGGGUUGACAACAUUUUGCUCUUUCAAUCUUUUAAAACAAGUACAUUCCUUGUAGCCGUGGGUCUGUGUAGUUAUCGAUCAUAAAAGACGGCAAAUGUGCUAAGAACGUCAUGGAUACUCGGCUUCGCUUCGUGUGUCACAAUUUUUUUUUGCUACAAUUUUGCAAGAGUCGAGCUGGUCCGCUCACCGCUAAUUAAAGUGACAAAUAAUUUCUGUCAAGGAGGUCAUGUACAUGUUUAUCUUCUGAUUAAUCAGGGCGGAAAAAAUUAACUGAAUCUAAAUGCACUUAUUUUGGAUAUUCAUUCUACCAGUAGUGGUCAUCUGCGAGAAGCUUAACUGGCUUUGUGGUAGCGAGGCGUAUGCAUUAAAUGAAUUGUGUGGAGCUCACUGGUUUAACUAUUUCCUUUUUCUCCUUCUUCUUUUUUUUUUCUUCUCUUCAUCAGUCUCAUUCAGAUACCAUGUAUGUGAAUAUGACAGCAAUCCAGGCUGAUGUCUUGGUGUCCAACAAAGUCAACAUACCAGGAGGUAAAAAAAUUAAAAACAUAAAAAGAAAAAUAUUUUCGCUUUCUCUUUACAGUUUAUGCCUUUGUGGCAACGAAGGAAAUUAUACGCAACGAAACCCAACCACACGACUCCCCUAAGAAAUACAUUCGACCUCCCUAUCCCACCCCUGUGCUACCGCCCAAGUCGAAUUUAUUUAUUUGAAUAUUCAUUCAUAUCGGUUCGUGUUCUUUUUAAGAUUUUCAACAGGAGGUAGUUGCUAUGUACAGAUAUUUUGAAAGGAAAAUUAUGAAAAAUCGUGGAAAAAGCUUUUAAGCUCAUUGAAAGAGAACUUCUACUCUGUCCCAUCGCAAUUUCGAGACAAGUUUUUUUGGAACAGUUCUCUUUCCGUCCUCUUCUUUAUAUUUUCCUCUCACCUAUUUUUCCUGAGGCAUAAGUGUAAUAUAAUCAGCGUUAAAUGAAUAUAUUUUCUUUGUCUUUGUCUUUGUCUUUCAGUUAUCGAAACUAAAGAAUAAAAUGAGUUUUCGUUGGUGAAAAAGUUACGAAUGUGGAUAAAAUUACAUGGUACUCUGGUUUUCGGGGUGGCAUUGUGGUGUAAGAUCUGUCAAGUUCUGCCUUGUUUGUAAAUACUUAAUGGUAGGCAGUUUUAGGUACUCAUUUACACAGCUAUUCCAGUCUGUGCAUUGAGCUGAAUAAUAAAACUUUGAAAUUUCAUGUUUUUUCCGAUAUUAUUUCUUGGUAGAAUGCUGUAAAACAUAUUGUGCGCCUUGGAAAGUGAACCGUACCACGGUUAGUCCAGACUUGCUCAUUGAGCCCUUGUAAACAUGGAAAUAUUUUGAUGUCGCACAUUAGGCCAAGUGGAAUGAUGUAUAUGGGAAUGAACGGUCGCAUUCUAAACCCAAAAAUCUGAAGUGUGUUUGUUCUUUUGCAUCCCGUGAGUUUCCUUGGACAGUUAAUUAAACGCCAUUUAACUCGUUUAACUUCCCUCUUCCGUGCUGUACACAGUCUGUGUCCUGUGGUGAUGAGUUCUUAUUGGCUUUUCCUGACUCCUUCUCUGUUCGUAUUUGCAGUUGUAAAUAACUUGGGCUUGGUACCGGGAGAUCGAAUGAAAAACCACUCAAUUCGCGCGAAAAGUAGACCAAUCAUCGCGGCGAUAUUCAAACCUCACUUUUUGUUUUAAAUUACUGCUUUUUAAGCUUUCUUUUUGCGUUUGCUUGUUGAAGCUCAUAUUGAGUCCGAAAUGCCCCGAUUUAAUACUUCCUCAGUUCUUUUCCAUAUCAACAAAAGAAAAAAACAGCAACAAAAGCUAGCAAAUGAAUGUGGAAGGCGAGAACUGAAGUGAUCACAUGAUGGUCUCUUUGGGGCCUGGGCUUCGUUUUCUGGACGAGCCAGCGGAAACUGGGCUCUAGAGACUUGAAGGCGGGAAAUAAAAAUAUCAAAGAUGGCGUCUCGAGGGUUUCUUUUUGCCGACAACAACAUUCGGCCGCCUCGGCGCCCUGUUCGAUAUGUAGCUUCAAAGCAAACCAAACCGACCAGAAGAAAGAAAAAGAAGCCAGAGUGGGACGUAAGUAUUUAAAAAUUAAUUUGAUUGGGUCACUCUUUUUACGUUACGAUCGAUCGAUUUAUUGAUCAAUGUUGACAUAACUCACUGGCAGUACAAAUAACUGAAAAAAAAUUUUACUUUGAUCGUUCAUCUUCUAUCAUCGUAGAGUACAGUACAAGAUCUCACCGUACACAAGGCCACUAAAGAGGAGCAGGUGAUCAAUAAAACUCGUGCUUACUUUUCAAAAAACAUAACUUGGUUACAAAAAUUUGGUAUUGUACCUCAAGUAACCAGGAGAUUUCCCAAUUUAAGAAAGUAGUGUAAACAUGUAUUAACUACGGGGGAAAGGAUUUCUUUAUCUUGUUUAAAUCAGUCUGCUUAAAAUAGCUUUAAAAAAAACGUCUCCUAUCUUACCAAGAACUUUUUCAAUAAAAGGGUGAAAAGAGACUAAGUGAUUAUGUUGUUUACGUGUGAACUAGCAAAAGUGUAGGGCAACUAAGAUACACUCACCAUACUCCCAUAGUUUUUUUUUUUAUUAUUAACAUAGCUACCUUUAUCACUUAAUUAUUAUCAUCAUAGCUACUUGUAUUAUUGGUACUCUAAUUAUUUUUAUAAAAUUAUCAUUGCAUCCAUUUUGAAAUCACUUGCAAUUUACUCACACAUCACACUAUUUUAAGCUCUAAAUCACAUUGUUUUCUCAGCCAAUGAGACACCUUUACUAAAACACAAUAAGCAAGAGAGUUUUGCGAUUACAAAAUAGAUGUAUUACAGUGGUAAUUGAGCUUUGUGUUGUGCAAUUUUUGUCUGAAAUAUUACUUUGCCUCAAACUCCCCCUGCGUGCUUGUUCAAUUUUUAAAAUCAGGCCAAAUUGCACCCCAGUUAGCUCAAUUACCAUUAUGUAUUAGGAUUUUUGUCAUUGUAAUUACUAUUGUUACUAUUAUUAUUACUAUUAUUAUUGUUAUCAUCAUCACUAUUAUAUGCAUUAUCAUCUCUACCUUUUCAAGAUAAGGAGACAUGAAAUUCAUCUAUCUAAGAAUGCAGGCAGUGUACAUUUACAUGGUAAAUCCAAAGACCAAAGCCUAGGUAUGUGGUUUGAAAUUAUCAUGAUGUUAUUUUAUUAUUUUUAUAAUUAUUAUUCCUUGGUGAUUUUAGCCCAGCAAAGUUCGUAAGCUUAGGCUCUCAGACACAGUCAUGAUAGGCCAAAAAAAAUUGUUUUAUCUGGGAAGAUUAUUUUUGCGAACAUGCUGAGAGAAUUCUAGUUUUGUCUGCUAGUGCAGAAAGGCCCUUAAAUGAGGAAAAACAUUAUGAUAUCAUAUAUAUAUUUUUUUCUCUUGAUGCUUCAAUUCUAUAGUUAUUACUACAAUGAUUAUAACUUUGAUGCAUGUUUUAGACUCAACCACUCAAACUCCAGACACAGUAGAAAGACGCAAGCUGGCCAUUGUUCAGGAGGUCCUGUAUGGUCAAGAUAAGGUAUAUGAAGAAGAGGACAACUUGUAAUGAAAAAAGUUGAUAAAAACUAGCUACCUGUUGCAGUAUUAUUUUAAGUCAUUUUUCAGCAUGGUGAAUUAUUGCCUCUGGACGGAAGGAAACUGCAAAAUUGUAAAUUUUCAGGAUAAAUUAACACCUGGGAUGAAAAAAAAAUAAACUAGGAUUGGAACAAAAAUUGAAGAUGGGAAUAAAUUUGUGAAUGUCUGACUGCUUGAAAUAAAAUUGCAAACAAUUCAAAUUGUAUUUUUUCUGGUAGUUCCAUGAUGUGUUAUCAGAAUCAGACAAGACGAUGUCAGUUGUAAAAGAUUUGUUUGGUGAUGAUCCAAAGGUAAGUUAGAUGAUGAGAGUAAUGAUAAUGAUGAUGAAAACAAGAAAGAGAAUAGUAAUGAUAAUAAUAAUAAUCAUACUAAUAAUAAUAGUAAUAAUGAUAAUUAACAAUUAUUCACCCAAGUGGAGGUGAAUGGUUGUGGAUAGCUACUGAGCCAUGAAGUGAUGAGAUAAAAUUAAUAAAUUCAGUUAGACUGACAUUAAGGUUCAUAACUGUUUUAGUAUAAACCACACAGCUACCAAAAGAUAAGUUUAUUUCUUUCAAUAUACUCAAAAAAUGUUUGGAAAUUUAACUCUUGACAUGAGAUUUAGUCUCAUCUGGUUCUGGAGGUGAAUAGUGCUUGCUUUUUUACUUCCAAACCAGCUAAUCAGUGGACAGGAAAAGCAUUACACACUUGUGUGGUAUAUACUAAUAAUCAUUAUAUAAUUAUAAUAAUGAAAGCAAUUAAAACUAAUGAUAACUGUUAUGACUAUAAGGUUUUACUUGUAAUUUACUUUAAAUUGUAGUCAAGUAUUCUCUCCUGAUUUUUUUUUAUAUAUUUUCAUAACAGAAGUAUAUGGGAUUUCCUAACAUUACUGCUGCUCCAAGAAAUCUUUUGAUUGGCAAAGAAAACAGGUAGGUCAAUAUUUUUUAUUUGGAAUUCUAUUUUAAUGGUAAAUUAGCCUAAUUGGAAAUCCAUUGUAUUGCUAGAAAUACCUGUUGUUUCCAAAUGUUCAGGUCAUGGCUAUUAUUAUUUAAAGUUUGUAUGGUACAUUUUGUGGUUACAUGUAUGUGGUAAUGAGCCCUUUUUCGUAAAUCAUUCUCACUCUGUAUUAAUUUUUUUUCUUAGACUUCCAGUUGGUCCUGUGGCUGAAAUGCCUGAAACUCCAACACAUCUUUCUUUACUGAGUGACUCCAUCAUGAGGACACCAGCACUGAAUGAACUUCCAGAUCAUGACAAAGAAGGUUAAACUUAGUUUGUAACUUAAAAUUAUCACUGGUUGCAACUCAGAAGUGGGGGAGAAAAAUUAAGUUUACCAGUAUGAGCACAGGAUGAAUAUUUCCUGCUUUCUUUUUGGGGGUAAGGGGGCAGCUAUACACAGGCUAGGGUUUUUGAGCUCAUUUCAGAUUUUUCUAGAAUAGUGGGCCUGCUUGGUCAAGGUUUGGCUAUUAAUUAAAAAUUAUUUUUUCCAUAACAGGGUAAUGAUGAUAUUAAUAGGGACCAAACCUAGCCUUUUAUACAAACAGAAGUAAUUUCAUUUGCAUCCAUUGUGAGCUUGAGGGAGAUGUGGAGGCAGAGAAAUUCUAAACUGAUUCACGAAUGGAUAGCAAAAGUGUUGUUUUGGUUCGGUUCAUUAUAAGACUGUACAAUAUUUUGCAGAUUAUGAAUCAUCCCCAAGGACACCGCCAUCUGACCAGGAAAGGAUCACCUUCCAACCUAUGCUCGAUGUCCAAAGAUUCCGCCAAUAUGUUGCUGAAGAGCAAAGCAGACAAGCAGGACACUCAAUACCCACAGUACCGACAGGUAGUGGGGUGGAUCAGGAGCCACCAACAUCUAGUAGUACCGAUGGGCAAGUCACCACUCCUGGUGAAGAGGAUUCUGUGCCACUCCAAGAUGGACAUGGCACUGAUCAAGUGUUUGCACAUGGUAGGGUGCUUGCUGAACAAGAUUCUGGCAGUCAUCCUCCUUCCUUUUUACGUCAGGAUUCUGUGAUUGCAGAAGGGCCUAAUUUUGUGAAACCAGGUACCACAUAUUAAAUGAAGGCUGUAAUUUCUCUCUUUAGCCCCUGACAGCAGCCAGCAUCUUAUUUUUCCUAACAGUAUGACAGCUGAAUCAAGCUAUAAGUAUACAGAAUUAAGAAAAAUGAUUGUGAACUAAAGCUCAUGAUUGUUAAGUAAAUUCUCCUUGUUAUCCCCAUGGGAAAUGUCCGAAGAACAGAAUGGGAAAUAUACAUAUUUAUUUAAUGGUUUGGUUCAUAGGGUUAAGAUUGGGAGACAGGGUGGCCCAGCAAUGUUCUCCAGUUUUCGAAUUCUUUAAAACUGUAGGUUAAGUUUAAACAAUCAGAGAACUUGUGUUGCAAUCUGUUCAGCAUUAACUUCAAAGAGUUUUAUUCUUCAUUAUUUGAGAAUGAUUAAGUCUUGUUGAAAUAAUUUGUUUCAUCAAUUAAUCAGUGUUUGAUAAUUGUAUGAUUGUCAAGUGUCCACAGGGGAACCAACAUCAAGGGACAUGAUUCCACCACAUGUUGGAGACCAAUCAAUGAGGUACCAGUAUAACAUGAUUACUUCAAAACAAACAUUUUUAGGAAGAGCUUCAUGUAAUUCAAGGGUUUAAUAUGUGUGUACUUGUCUUUUCACUAGAGGUGCAGGGGCCAGUGCUCAGGGGUCUGGCAAAGUGAAGACAAAAACUAGUCACAAGCCUGCAUCAAAUUUAUUUUCGAGUGGUAUACGAAGCCUUGAUGACUUAAAGAAGGUGAGCAAGUUAUUGAUUUGAUUCAUGAUAACAUUGAUUCCUGCCCUCAUAUGAAUUAAAACAUGCAAAUAAUAAUUGUAUAUUAAUGUAUUGUAUCUCUGAAAACCCUAGCUUCCACUCAUAAGCCCCUUCAUCAGUCGAAGGGAUUUUCAAUUUUCACUCACUACCAAAAAUUAUACUAUAAUUACAUCUAGAUUUUGAAGCUCAAUUUGCCAAUAAUUGUCUUUGACUACUUUCAAAAGAUGGUGGAAGAACUGGAAGGUGAAGUAGCUGCAUAUGAAGAUGAAACAGGGCGACUGCAAACUAAGCUACCUUCACUAUCAUCCACUGGGAGUUUUAGUGGUUAUACUGCAUCGCUCAUAACUGCUGUCACCAAGUUGAUGGGGUACUUGAAAGAGGUACAUUAUUAUUGCCAUAGUUAUACAUAGUUAGGCAGAAAAGAACAGCUUUCCCUAAUAAGCACACUCUCUACUGUUUGUACACCCUGCUCUUCUUGUUUUAGCUACAUCUUCAAAACUACGGAAAACUUGAUGUUGGGUUUCUUAGUCAAAGAAUUUCUGUCAACUCUUGGUUUAGUUUGCCAUCAUGUUGGUAUUCGAUUUUGCUUUUAACCCCUUUAACUCCCAAGAUCUGAUUGUUAAUUCUCCCCUCUUGCUGCUACACUUUUCCUUUUAAAUUGGUUAUGAGAAUUUGGUGUUAGACCAGGAUAACAACUUCUACCUAAUAAGUUUGAAUAUUCUCAUUACCUGUUUGCUAAAUAAUGUAUGGAUACAAUACCUGGAGAAGUUACAUGUUAAUCACUUCUGGGAGAUAAAGAGUUUAUUAGCCUAACCCACUACUGUUAUAUGUCUUAAUCAUUACAAUCCAACAGAUAUUUGCUUGUGUCUGUUUUCAUAUUGGAAUGGAUAUAGUCUACAGACAAAUAUCCUUACGUACUUUUGCUUAAAAUGGAGGCUAUUUUUCAUUUAUUUUGUGAUUUUUUUAUUGCUGAUGUCAAGAGUGAGAUUCAAAGAAAAGCAGAAAUGGUCAUGAGAGAGCAAGUACUACAGGGAUUUGAAGAACAAAGGGCUUUGGUUGAUGCUCUGACUAAUGUGAGUUUGAAGUAUUGCUGACAAUUAAUUUCCCAAUUCAUCAAUCAGUCCUAUAGCAACCUGUCAAAUGGGGCCUAAAGCUGGUGAAGGAUAGGAACUUGGGAUCAAUACCAGUAUCUGGGCAACUGCCCACUCACCCCUUCCCUAACCCAACAUUAACCCUAACUUGUUAUCAAUAGUCUGUUGUUGGGUUAGGGGAGGGGUAGGUGGGCAGUUGCCCAGAUACUGAUAUUGAUCCGGAACUUGAUCAUAUUGUCAUUAGUAGAAGUAGUUGUGGUCUGAGUUCCAAAACCUGACAAGAACAGACAACUAAUGCAUGGAAUUAUGUACUAGUUCAGAGAAUGUAAUGCUGGGAUACUUGUUUCUGACCCCAGCACAAAACUAUUGAUCUACGAAAUUGCACACUGCUUAUAGGUGAAUGUACUUGACAUGUGCAUGGAUACUUUCUCUUAGGAUAUUCUUCACACUCAAGAACAAAACCAAGCAUUGCAACAUGAACUGUUUGAGUAUAAGAAAAAUACAGAUGAGCAACUGCAGUACUUGAAGGUAAAAAGAAAAGUUGAAUUUUAGAAGAGAUGAAGUUGAUACAAGAAGUAUAAAUAGGUAACAACAAACCAUCAGACUGGGAAAAUGUCAUGGGGAGGGGAGGGCCUGUAACAGACUUACAUCCUGUCUAGGAGGAGGAGUAGCAUUACUCUUUGGCACUUCACUCUUUAUACCUAAUAUCAGUGUGCAUAUUCCCCAUUCUGUUCUCUGUACAUUUCUUAAGGUGCCGACAUAGAGAAUUUGUUUAACAAUCAAGAGUUUCUUCAGCUGUUGAUCGUUUCCUUUGUUCUCAUGAGCUUAAUGUUUUAGUCAGCUGUGAUAUUGUAAGGAGAAAUGAGAUGCUAAUCACUCUUAGGGGUCUAAGAGGAAUCUAAGAAAAGCUCCUGCCACCAGAUGUAUAAUUAUGUAAAUAUUUGCUAAUCAUUUGCUGUAAAUAUUUUGCUGGUCAAAUGAAAGUUUAAAUAAGACAAUAAUGCAAUUCUGAUUCCUUUUCUUUGUAGAGAGAAUUGUUUGCUGUGUUAAGAAGCUAUGAGUAUCAAGCACUCUCCAGUAGUAUCAAUACCUUGUACAGCUUGAACCCUGUGGCUUUAAAGAAAGGUGGUUUUGAUGCCCUUAAUUCAAUGCAAGAUGAAAAUCAUAGUUUGGAUUAUUUACCAGGUGGUCCAGUCAGUCAAGCACAUGAGAAGGGGGAGCAAAAAAGUGUUGGAAAUGACAAAGGCCAAGGAUUGUCAACAAACACCAGAAAUGGACCUUCAUUCAUACCUCUUGCUACGCCAAUAGAUCCAAAUUCAAUGCAGUGUUCCAUCACAGAGGUUUCUUCAAUGUCUCAAACUGGGCUUGUUCCAUCCAGAUAUCAAAAUUCUGGGUCAACUCAAGUUGGUGAUGGGAUUCCAAGCCACAGUGAGUUAAGCUCCAACAUUGUCAUGUACCCACCAAGUCAAGUUACCUUCACACAAGCUGCAAGGAGGGAAGGAUCUGCGGCAAGGCCUUAUAGGGUUUCACCUGGCAUCCCUGGUGAGCCCAAUAGUGCUCCAGGUAAUCUGCCACCCCAUACUAGUACUUCCUCUCAAGUGGUGUCCACAGGAUUCUCCAUGAAUCCUUCUCAUAAUCCUAGGCAACAUCCUCAAAGGCAGCCCACUAUUGACAGUGCCAUGGAACCAAGGCCUGGUGGCACACAAGCAUUUCCAGCACAAGGUCAUCCACAAGUAAUUCAAGGAAUGCAGCCUGAAAUUGCCAAAGGCAUGGACCCAAGGCUUGGAGACCCACAAGGGUUUUCAGCACAAAGUCAUCCUCGAACAAACCAAGGACUGCAUCCAGUAUUUAGCAAUGCCAUGAAACCUGGACAUGCUGCUCCACCAGCAUUUUUAAGACAGGGAAAUUCACAUGUUCAAGGACCUUCUGGUCAGACAGCAACUGUCAAUGCUGUGAGACUAUUGCCAGGUGGUCCACAAGGGUCUUUCAAACAACCUCAGGAAGGCUCUCUAAUAUCUUCCCAGGCAGCACCUACUGGGCCGGCAGUAACUUCCACUCAAACUGUGGGUGUUUUACACCAUCAACAUCAGCCUCCUCAGCAAGGCCUUAGCCAACCAAACACAAAAGCAGAACGCAUGUCAAAACCUAAAGUUUUUGCACCAGUGACUAGGACUGCAUUUGAUGGACUUCCUGCCAACCAUCAGCUUAGGGAACGACUUCAGAACAUGGCUAACAGGCAGAAGGGUUUGAUAGCCAGAAAUAGUGAACAAAAUGAUGGAAAUGUGCAAGAUUUGGAAGGUACAUUAAAUAGAAACAAGCCUGAAAAAACUGUCUCAUUGGCCAUAACUGGUCCAUCAUUAUAAAAGAAUGAAAGUACCUUUAAAAUAAUUCCCUUGUCAGCAUGAAAUCUGCAAGCAAUAUGUGAACAUGUAGUGAUGUUUAUGUCAACCUCUCCUACUAAGGCCCCGAUUUGAAUUUUUUACCAAGCACAGGUAGUCUUGAUGUAGAAGUUAUCAUUGUUCUGUAGUGUUUGAUAUCAUAUCUGUUUGUUCCAUGUCCAUACUAAGCCUACCAAGAAGUUUAUGUCUUUUAAGAAACAAGAAACAAGAAACUUUAUUUUAUUAAUUUGUGACCAUGGCAUAAUUUCUAGUGUUCUUUUUUAUUAUUGCCCCAGGUCAACAACCACGCCCAACCUCUCCCCACGUGCGCUUCCAGGAACCUCCAGCGGCUGUGAAGGGACAAGACAAGGUUGAACCCAGACACGAACAAGUUUCUCCUCCAUUGUCACCCAUUCCACAUAGGAAUCCAACUGUUAAGAGAACCUCAGCUCCCCCUGACAAAAGAGUUGUCAUUAAUCUACCAAAUGCAUGGUCUGAUGUCUCAUCAACAAUUUCCCUGUGAAAUGAGAGCUUUUAUAAAGACCGUUAUAAAACUUGUUCGCUUAAAAUAAUUGUACUCUCAUUCAUAAGUUCAACAUUUGCUUCAUGCAUUUUUUCACCCUUGCACUCUCUGAAGUGAUCAAGGAUUGACUUCUUACCAUAUCAUUCAAAGAAACUUUAUGAAGCAAACAGUGAAGUAUGUUGAUUUUUACCACAGAAAUGCACUCAGCUACUCCAGCUACAUCAAUUGUUUAAGCAUUCUACUCAUUACAAGUAACCUCAAACAAAAAAUUAAAAUCAAGCGUGACUUGUUAAGGAACUCAAACCAGCAAGCAAGACUUAUAGAGACAUUUCAUUUGAGAGAAUCACGUACUUGUUCCAAGAUACAAAGAGUGUGUUAUAGCUUGCAAGAAGGCCCUCUUAAUCAGUGCUUUGGCACAUGCAUUUCUUUGCCUGCAGGAAAAUAUGUGGCUGUGUGUGACAUGCAUUGUGUCCAGUACAUGGUACUUUCCAAACAAUCACCCAAAUCAGUGUUGGAUAAAAAAAAAUGUAUUUUGGUCAUUUUAUUUGCAAAAAGCUUCACUUUUUCCAGUUCAUGGUAUUGUCCAAUUAAUUAUCCAAAUCAUGAAAAACAAACAUUUAAUUUUGGCCAUUUUAUUUACAAAGAACUGCACUUUUUCCAAGUCACUUUUCCCAGUACAUAGUACUUUCCAACCAAUUACCCAAAUCAGUGCAGAAUGAAAAAAAUUUAUUACUUUGGCCAUUUUAUUUACACACAACUGCACUCAUUCACUGACUGUAUGUAAAAUCAACACUUUUUCCAGGCCAGUCAAGUUUUUAUAUCUAAGAUUUGUGAAUAAAAUGUUCCAAUGUCAGAUUUUUGCAGAACUUUGUGUCAUUAAAAUGGAUUUAUUUAAUAGGUUAGACUCGGAAUCUAAUAAAAAAAAGCCUUCAAAUCAUGAAUUUACAGUAUGCAUGUGGUUGUUUUUGACAAUAUAAUAUUUAAGAAAAGGUUCCUAAGUAUCCAUGAUGCACAUACAUUCAAAUAGC